GGGAUCUCCAAGAACAAACUUUCUUCCUACAUGCAACAGAGUCUGGGGCAAAUGCCCUGUCAAUAGACAGAAAUGUUUUCUAACACCAAAAGCUAGGACGACAUGAAGAAAAGUGAAGUAGGUGAAAAAAGAGCAACCCUUAAACUGAUCUGCAAAGAAUACAAAGGACACUGGAGGUACCAAGAGACCACCCUGCAUUGGGCCCCUGAGAAAGGAAUAUAUUGUUUAAUGGGCCCUCCUGCCCUUCCUAUAGCUGAAAUCUGGAGCAAUUAUGUGACUUUCCCCCUUGAACUUGCAAAGGGAUGUCUGCUCCUUGCUGCUGUUUUCCCUUUUAACGACAUUCUAGGCUGUAACUUGAGAAGCUGGAGAGGGAUGCUGGAGAAAGUUUAACUCAGCCUAGUUAUUCCCGCCUCCUUCUCCACCCUCUGCAUACAGACAGCAUCCACGCCACGUCACCCAGGGCCUGCACUGGGACUCUUCGAAAAGUUUAGACGGAGAUGUUCUUCCACUGCUCUCCGGGUGAGCAGGUCUGCUUAGCAGAGGAAGAAAAGCAGAGGCUUCUCACAGAAGUGUACAAGAAGAAUAGAAGUUUAUUUGGCCCAAGCAGAUACUAGCUUUAGUCAACAAGAGAUUUAAAUGCAAAGGGGCAAGCUUAUUGCCAAAUAUUGCUGAAGAUUUCCAGUUAGGAAAGGCAAAUUAAUGGCAAUUUUGCAAAGAGAAUAAAAGGCUAUUUCUUAUCUACGAGGAAAACAAGUCUAAUGGAAAGGGAUCAUUCAACUGCUGGAAAAAGAGGAAGGGAAUCAUUGUGGCUCAAGCUUUGAGAAGAAGAGAACUAGAAAGCAUCUAUUAAAAGAAGCAAAGACAACUAUUUGCAGACAUCUUCCAUCUCAAGAUAAAUUAACUGCAGACUCCUCUGGGACAUUUUGGGGCCAUCAUGAAUAUAUUUCGGAUUCUUGGAGAUGUCUCUCACCUGUUAGCUAUGAUCAUGUUGCUGGUGAAGAUCUGGAGAUCAAAGUCUUGUGCCGGAAUCUCUGGAAAGAGCCAGAUCCUUUUUGCACUUGUUUUCACAAGCCGGUACCUUGAUCUAUUCACACAUUUCAUCUCUGUGUAUAACACUGUCAUGAAGGUUGUUUUCUUGAUUUGUGCCUACAUUACUGUGUACCUGAUCUAUGGGAAAUUUCGGAAAACCUUUGAUAGCGAAAAUGAUUCUUUCCGUCUUGAAUUCCUUUUGGUCCCUGUCACAGGCCUGUCAUUUUUGGAAAAUUACAAUUUCACUCCUUUAGAGAUCCUCUGGACUUUCUCAAUUUACCUGGAAUCUGUGGCUAUCCUUCCACAGCUUUUCAUGAUUAGCAAAACAGGGGAAGCGGAGACAAUUACUACACACUACCUUUUCUUCUUGGGCCUCUACCGUGCCCUCUAUCUUGCCAACUGGAUCUGGCGCUACCACACAGAGAACUUCUACGAUCAAAUUGCUGUGGUUUCUGGUGUAGUACAAACCAUCUUCUACUGUGAUUUUUUCUAUCUCUAUGUCACCAAAGUAUUGAAAGGAAAGAGGCUGAGUCUCCCAGUGCCUAUCUGAAGAUGUGCCCAUGCAAAUCAAGUUCUUGAAGGUCCUGCUCCAAGACCACAAGAUGCUCUUUUCUGCCAUUCUAUCACGUGGCUCAGCGUAUCUAUUCCUCUGCAGCAAACUUCAGUCUGGCUAAACUCUUAAAUGUUCAAAGUAUAUGCAUCUUAUUUUGUAUUAAAUGCUUGUAACAAAAUAAAAUAGUGCCAGGUGUA